CCCGGGUACCUACAGAACAGAGUCGACCGCCGAGUCUGAGGGAUAUCAGGGAUAAUAUGACUUUUCGUGAUUUUCGUUUAACGUUGUUCUCGUUGAGCCCUUAUAUCAUUUUCGUUGAAACUAAUACCAUUUUCAUGUGAGUGAGUAAAUAAGAGAUGAGAGAGAUACAUGAAGAUAUAUAAAUCUCAACCUCAUCCUCAAUCGCCAUCAAUCGCCAUCAGAAACAAAAACACAUCAUCAGAACAAUAUCUUGAAAUAAGCUCAAGCCGAAGCAAAUGGCAGUCGGUCCUCGCGUGUCCAAGGAAGAAUUCAUGCGCGCUUUAGGGCUUGAUGUGCGCAAUCCCCAGCACGAACAAUACUACAAAGCAAUGCGAGAUGAAGCGAUUGCAGUCUACAACAGGCUGAACAACGAUGUAUCAAGCCUGAUUGAUUCGGUGCGGAUGGAUGGAAACACUCGGCCGCCCUUCUUCUGGCACCAUGUUCGAGCGGACAAGCAGCGCUGGGCGAUUCUGGAGGUCUGGAGGGCCGCAGAUCCGUCGAUUCGAGGCUUGUUCGAUGCUGGGGCGACAGAGGGAGAAUAUGGACCCAAUUGGGUGAGUGGGUGGUUGCUUUAUUCUGUUUUUCGGUCUAGGGAUACGCGCAACAAUCGACGGAAAGAGAAGCCGGGCGAACGAAAAACAUACUAUGAUCCUGUUAGAAAUGUAUAGAUAGAUAGAUAGAUAGAUCUAUGAAUCUUGUUCUUCGC